ACAUCACUGAUAUUCAGUCAGGCGCCUUCUCGAACAGCCCUCUGGCUUUCUGUCCAUGCAGGACCCCACAGUCCACCAUGGCGGCGCCCAGUGCGACUUUAAACUGUGAGGACUUUUCAAUGUUCCAGGAGGUGCUGAAGGUGAUGCGCACCAUGGACGACCGCAUCAUCCACGGACUGAACACCACCGUGCCCACAGUUUCCUUCUCAGGCAAAGUUGAUGCCACGCAAACAUGCAAACAACUGUAUGAAUCUAUGAUGGAGGCCCAUCUGAGCAGAGACCAAGCUAUCAAGGGCUGUAUAGCCAAAACAUCUGCGGUGGUGGGACAGCUGCGUGAGGAAAGGGCAAAAGACGGCGAGAACCUGGCAGUCCUCAAACAACUCAGGAAGGAGCAGACCAAACUAAAGAUGAUGCAGUCAGAGCUGAAUGUUGAAGAAGUUAUCAAUGAUCAAAGUCUGAAGGUUUUCGGUGACCGGUGCAGGAUCCACUACACGCCUCCGAAGGUGAAAUGAAGCUCUGAGUGAGAUCAGCUGCUUCCCUGGACGUUCAAACCCAGACUGGAGCUGAGACUGUGACUCCAGCCCGCAGGCGCUUCACCAGACAGACCUCUCUGACCUCUCUUCCAACACACUUAGAGUAUAUUCCUCUGUGAUUAUUGUUAUUGCAUUACCAUCGCUGUAAAACUGUCCCCUGUGUGCUUCUUUAAUGAGAAUCUGUGUACAAAAGGAGUUUUUUUUAAAUGACAGAGAAAUGUUGGCUGUCUGAUUGAUUCCGUCUUUUCUGCAUCAUAAGGAAAAUGAGUUGUACAGAUUAAGCCUCGCUGUCGAAUGCCAAUGUGCAGGAAGGUGGUUUGUUGUGCCACCGUUUCAGUUCAGACAACAGACUGUUCAGAAGAGGGACGAACCGUCUCCACUUCUUCCAAAAUAUCUCGGAUAUGGGUGCUGCCGUCUUGUGCCUUGGACGUCAUCUGGAGCCGCAGUCUGCGCAGUUCUGAUCAUUUUGUGGAGCUGCGAUUUCAAGGUCCAUUCACAAGACAGUCUGAGCUGUCAAUGAUGUUGUUUAACUCUGUUUUUAUAGCAUCAAAUAACUAAUUAAAACCAAAUUUAAUAGAAAA